AAUUAGAAUAAUAAGACACUGAGCUGAGAGGUGGCACAGAAGUUGCAUCUGAACUGGUACAAUUACACCUGCAUGAAAAAUGUUGAGAUUAAUGUUUUAAAAAUAACAUUUUGAAUAUAGAAAUAUGAUGGAAAAAUAAAAUGAUAGAUCUACUUUUAAAAAUAAAAAACUCAUAAAAGGGUUAGUUCACCCAAAAAUGAAAGUAAUGUCAUUAAUUACUCACCCUCAUGUCGUUCCACACCCGUAAGACCUUCAUUCAUCUUCAGAACACAAAUUAAGAUAUUUUUAAUGAAAUCUGAGAGUAUUUGAUCCACACAUAGGCAGCAACGUCAUUGCACCUUUUAAAGUGUCUAGAAAGGUAGUUAAAAACAUGGUUAAAAUAGUUGACGUGACUGCAGUGGUUCAACCUUAAUGUUAUGAAGCGAUGAGAAUACUUUUUGUGCGCAAAAACAAAACAAAAAUAACGACUUUAUUUAACAAUUUGAACUGUUGUCAAAAAGUGCAGGCUUCCUUGUUUACAUCCGAACACCAGCUCUGUAUUGGCCGAAGUUGAACAAAGGUCUUACGGUUGUGGAACGACAUGAGGGUGAGUAAUUAAUGACAGAAAUUUCAUUUUUUGGUGAACUAACCCUUUAAAGAGUGAGUCACAGAAUCAUUUAUUCAACCAAUUUGUUCAAAGCAGCUGAUUCAUUUAGUAAUGAAAUACGUUGCCGAAAUAGCAAAAACUUAAAAUUUAAGUCCCUUAAUAAUAACUUCUUGUUUAUUGAAGAUUUGUUUAAAAUCAGUAUCACGUUUGCAAUCAUGCUCAUAUUUGUGAAAACAGCUCUUGUGAUAUUGCUUAAUUAUAUCAUGUUUUUUGCAAAUAUAUCUUGAAUUUUGUGGGCAUUUGUAUUAUUUUUGGGCAUUUGACUUGUCAUUUUGAACCGGACACCACAGUCACUAAAGAAAUCACAUUAAAAAUAAGUUAUUGAUUGCAUUUUAAGUAAGUUUUACAUCAAAUCACAUCAAUUAUCUUAACAAAUAAAUCAGACAAUGCACUGGCAAUUUAGUGAUGUCCUCGCAGUUGUGGUCUUGAGAUCCUGAGUCCUCAAGUCUGAGACUGAGACAAGACCAAGACCUUCAAAAAAUGGUUUAAAGGCCUGUUCACACCAAGAACGAUAACUAUAAAGAUAAUGAUAAAGAUAUAGUUCUAAAAAUCAUUCUAAAUAUAAAAGAAUAGCACUGUCAACACCACAGCUAUAACAAUAACGAUAUAGAGAAACGAUAUUGUUGGGAUCACUUUCAGAACGAUUUUUUCAAUGAUAAAACACUGACAGCCAAUCAGAAUCCAUUCUAAUUUAAGCGCUCGUGCAUUUAAAAUGGCGGACAACAUCGCGGAGAAGUUAAUCACCGAGGUCCAGAAAAAGCCACCACUGUUUGACAAGUCAACCCCUCUUUUCAAGGAUACUUUAAAGAAAAUGGAUAUAUGGAAAAUCGGUCAUACCCUCGGAAUGAAUGGUGAGAAGUAUUAACGAUGAGAUCAUUGAGCCAUUCCACAAAACCGGUAAUACAAAGCUUUUUGUAUUAAUUGAAAUGUCUCCUUUAAUAAUGUUUAAAAACAUGACAUACAUUUUAUCUUCAUAUUAGAAAUUAUUUUGUUUUUUUUCAGUUGACACCACCUGUUUUGUCUUGUCCCUCAAGGCCUUCUAUGAAAGUGUACUUGGGAUAUGAAUAAUAAAAUGAGAAAAAAGUCCAUACAUUUUGCCAUUCCCAUAAAUAUCCAUCUGUGCUUUUUUGCUGGUAAUGUAAAGUAAAUUCAUGAUUAUUCAUUAAAAUCACAUUAUUUAGUUCCGUACCUCAGUAACCCCUCAACCCCGUUACACAAACCAUUCUCCCCCCAUAAAAAUAAUGAACUGAUACUUAUGUGACACCAUUAACAGGAAGUGACAUCAUAGAAGUCUUCUGAACAACACUGUGAGCAGACACAGGCGAGUUACCACCUUCUUUAAUAAUUAUAACUAAAUUAUGUUGUGAAAUUGUGUUUGUCAAGCUUAACGACUCAACCCCGUUACAUCAAUUAAAGAUAGAAAACUAUUACUUGUGCAAAUUAUCUUUGUUAUUUCAACAUUAUUCAUGAUUUCUUAAUAUCAUAUAUGCCAUGCGCUCUCCAUUUAUUCACUAGAUUUAGAGCAGUGGCCAAUUUGGGCAAAAAAUCACAACCCCGUCACACCUACAUUUUUAUUUAUUUAUUUAUUUAUUUAUUGUUAAGUUUAUGAAAAAGUAAUUUAAAGUUAGUUGAAUUCUGUCUGAAAUGUUCAAUCAUAAGAAUACUGAUUUUAGUUCAAAUUCUGAAGUUAAGCCUUUGAUAAAAAAUGAUGAGGUUGCCGUCACAAAAAGUGCCCAUUUCAGGCUUUAGUAUAGCAAAAGUGUGAGAUUUUAUGUAACUUUUAUAUUUGCAAUUACUGAAUUACUGUGAGGGACAUCUGAUUAAUAGGAAAAUGUUGAUUUUAUCACAAAUACAUUUUAUAAUAAUAUUCAGAGAGCUCUCAUAGUGUCCAUAACUUAAAAUAAUGACCAAUAAUAAUAGGGAUGCUCUGGAAUUUGAUAUACUCCUCCUAGGCGAAUAAUCCGAUCACCACCAAACUCGGUUAGCAUGAAGUCAAGACAUUGAUUAUGAAAAAUUGCCAGCGGAUUUUUGGUAUCUCAAACAGUUUGGCCGUGGCGAGGCAACGGAUUUAUGGCGAGAAAAGGGAAACACGAAAUGUACAUUGAUUGAUACAUUGAUUCAUACAUUGAUUGAUUUUUAUGAAACUUCAGCUGUGUGUUCGUUGUAGGAGUCUGAUCACAUGGAUGUGACUAUUGUGAGUCAAAGUUAUAGCGCCACCAACUGGCAGCAGGAAGUGUGUCACUUUCAAAAUGCUUUGAGAUCACCAUCUUUUUUUUACCCGAUUUGCUUCAAACUUCAUCAUAAUAAUGUCAAAACAUGGCAAAUGUAGACCUGUAAAUGUAUUUGUGAUAUCUUAAAUAUUGUUGCCAUGGCAACAUGUCAAACUUUAAUAAUAUUCUUGAGUGUUUUUGAGGUUCUUAACAUGCAUCAAAUUGCAUGAAACUCGACACACACAUCAAUAUUGUCGACCAGUAGACAUGGACAAAGCUUUAGAAACAGGCGUGGUGGAGGGGCUCAGUAGCGCCACCUUUUGACAAAAGUGGGGGAGUUAUUUUUACCUACAGUCACCAAACUCGGUACACAUAUUGGUCUCAUUAAGCUGGACAACUUUCUAAUUUACAGUCAUUAGCUCCGACCAACAGGAAGUCCGAUAUUUUGGUUUGAAUGUGGAUUUUUCACACACACUCUCUCUCUCUCUGUCCUCCCCCCCUCCCCCCUCAGUCUCACUCUUUCUCUCUCUCUCUCUCUGUGUGUAUGUGUGUGGGUCUCUGUGUGUGUGUGUGUGUGUGUGUAAUCAUAUGUGCACCAACUGCUGCAGUAAAUGUGGUGUAUUCAAAUGACUUUGACAUAGUCCUUUUAUGUUUAACUGUUUUAAAUGCCUAUUGCUCGCCGUGCACAGUUGCCCUGAAGCCAAUGGGGUGGCGGUGCCACCGGGCUUGGGCCCGCCAUCGCUGCUUGCAGCUAUAUUUUCUUUGAAGUUGCAGUGAAAAAGACUAGGUGUUGUUUUUAUUCCACUAUAUUGAUUUCGUCAGCUAAAUUCACUAACUGCGCGUUCACACCACUGCCGGCGAGAGCGUCAAAAUUCACCUUGGCUGCCCUGCCAACAACGUUGUACUGUGCGUUCAAACCGCCGCCGGCGGGAGGGUCAAAGUAAAUGACAAGUUGUGGCAACCAAUCGGAAUCCUCUCAAGCAAGGACCUCUACAUUCUGAUUGGUUGCCGCUGAACCACGUCAUAGCUCAUUACCAUAAAGUUGACCUGACUUCAACUCUCCUCGACGCUCUCACCGUCCAAGACACGCCGCGCCGCUCUCGCCGGAGCUUGCCGCCGGCUCACAUUGAAAAUGAAUGACUUCCUGUCACUUUGACGCUCUCGCCGGCGGCGGUGUGAACGCACGGUUAGAUUAGAUCGAUUACGCUAGCUAUUCACUCGAAACAUAGCAUGCUGAGGACAUCUGCUGGUAAAACUGUGUAAAUGCAACAAAAACAGCAAAAACAUGUUGUACACACUUUAAAACUGCAGCGCAUGAGCUUAGAAUAAACAGACCGUUAUCGUUCAUUGGUGUGAACGCAAAUAUAGUUAUCGUUUUUGGUGUGAACGGGUGUUAAGAUCCGGGUGUUAACAUCCAUUAACUGUAAAUCCCAACGCUCAAAAUAAUUAAUUGGUUUGAGUAGGACAAACUUAAAUUAAACAAAUUAGUUCAGUUAAAUUAACUUUUAUGAGUAUUUAGCACUUUAUUUUUCUUUCAAGUUCACAGAACUGAUAUAUUUUAAGUAAACUGAACUGUUUCAUUGUUUUGAGAUUUAUGAACUUAAAAAACUUUUGAGUUGAAGGAAAUUUUUUUGAGUUUUGCCAACUUAUUCAGGUUUACAUAUGUCUAUGGACGCGCCGACAUCUUGGAAGUUACGUCAAAUGACACGUCUCGCUGAGGUCGGGUUGAUUGAUGUAUGAAUUCUGACAUUUUUUUUUCUCACAAUUCUGACUUUAUAACUCGCAAUUGUGAGAAAAAAAGUCAGAAUUCUGAGAUAUAAACUCUCAAUUGCGUGAUAUAAAGUCACAAUUCUGACUCUUUUUUUUCUCACAAUUCUGACUUUAUAACUCGCAAUUGCCAGUUUAUAUCUCAGAAUUGUGACUUUAUAACUUGGAAUUGCGAGAUAAAAAGUCAGAAUUCUGAGAUAAAAAGUCGCAAUUACUGUUUUUAUUUUUUUAUUUAGUGGUGAAAACGGGCUUCCAUAGGGACCUGAUUAUAGCACUUAAACACGGAAAAAGUCAGAUUUUCAUGAUAUGUCCCCUUUAAACAAUAGUUGGGUUAACCCAGCAUUUUUUAGAGUGAACCGUCUAAUCGAUUCCUGAUGGACAAAAUCAAGUCCUGUCCUACAUUUUUUCUUGUUCGGGAACCUGUUUUACUUACAUAUGUCAAAAUAUGGAAGAAAAGUCUAUCACAACUUCUGUAUCAUGCUGACAUUAAAGUGUGGAGAAGGUUCUUCUUGGAACCAUAAUGCCAAAACCUUUAUUUUUAAGGGUGUAGAGUGUUGCCAAUUCUUACCAAGUGCUAAAAGUGUAUAAAUAGCACACAUGUUCUUGUAUGAACCGGACCCUUGUGUUCUUCUCUGCUCUUCUAUUUAAUACUCCAUUUAAUAAUAUACCUUGCUAAUAAGUAUGGCUUCAAAAGACUUUGAGUAUAAAAGAUGAGUUGAAUGAAUCUUAUGAUAUUUUAUGAUACUUUUAUGCUUCUAUACUUUUUAUGCACCCCCCUCCCCCCUUUUUUUGUUAAUUUAAGUAAUUUUGGAGCUCAACAUCUCCUUUCCCUAAUGAUUUUUAUUAUACGGAAAAGAGUGGCUAUUCUUCAGAAUUUCAGAAUUUCUCCUUUAGUUUUCCACAGAAGAAAGAAAAACGGUAUGGAACGUGAUGGUGAGUACAUGAUGUCAGCAUUCAUAUUUGGUGGAUUAUUUCAGAAAAGUCAAAGCAGGUAAGAGCAGGUAGUAAGGUGGGUGCCAAGAUGUGGAAGUGUGUGAUACACUUCCUCCACUCCUUCCUGCAAUCUUCUUGCAUGCUGUAGCCUGCAAGUUAGGGAAAACAACCUUGAACAUUCAUUUAAAAUAAAGAUAUGAAGAAAUUGGUGUGUUGAAAUAUUGGGAGGAGGAAGAGGAGGAUGGUGGGGUGGAGCAAAUUUGAACACAAUAUGUCAGAAGACUAGCAAUUUAUAACAGAAAGAAGCAGUAGGGCAAGUUACAAUUAAAGAUCACUGAACAACAAUAAGAACUUAAGUAAUUUAGGAUAAGCUAUGUGAAAGUUUAUCUGAGAGACAGGGGAAAGAAAUAGAGAGACCAACUUGGAGACCACACAACCUAACCAGGUCCAUCUGGUCACUUCAGGGAAAAUACAUUUCAGCCAUUCGGAUCUAAUCAAGUGUAUUGUUCUUCUGACGCCUUCCUGAUGGAAUCAGGAAAUCAGAGCACCUCCAUGGAGAACAUGACAACAAUCAAUUCUGAGGAUAAGAGCAUUGUGGGUAACAGUAUUUCUGUUGCCUUUGGGGCCCUCAUCCUCAGCAUCGUCUUCCUCCUGGGUGUUCCUGGCAACCUCUUCAUUAUCUGGAGCAUCCUGGCACGUGCCCGCAAAUGGUCGGUCACUACCCUGCUCAUCCUCAACCUGGCGUGUGUACACGGUUGUCUGAUGUGUCUGACUAUUUUCUUUAUAAUUUACCUAGCCAAGCAGAGCUGGAUAUUUGGAGGUGUCAUGUGCAAGAUGCUUUUCUAUUUGUGCAACACAAACAUGUACGCUUCUAUUAUGAUCAUUACGCUGAUGAGUCUACACAGACUGGUGGCAGUGGUGUGGCCCAAAUACUUGAAAGCCUGUACUCGUAGACGGACGGUAUUACUUGUGCUCGGGGGCCUGUGGAUUGUCGUAUUUCUUUUGGCUCUUCCUGCUUUGAGAUUCAGAAAAACGAUGGACUAUAGAAACGGACGCACAUUGUGUGAAACUAAUCACAGCAGUUUACAGCAUGUGAUACUCCAGUACACACUUGAGACAGUGGUGGGCUUCCUGGUACCGUAUGUGAUCAUAGUCAGCAGUUAUGCGUGUAUCCUUCGCCGCCUCAGACAGACCAUGUUCAAGAGAAGGAUACGAAGCGAGAACCUCAUUCAAGCCAUCAUUGUGGCAUUCUGCAUUUUUUGGCUUCCUUAUCAUAUUAUUAAUGUAGUACAAGUGGUGGCAGCACUUAUACAAGAUGGAUCAACCAAAAAAAGAUUGGAUCAUAUCUGGCAGUCCAGUCGUGCGGUUACAUCCGCUCUGGCUUUUAUCAGUAGUUGUGCCAAUCCUAUCCUCUACACCUUUGCCGGACGCUCCUACAUCAAAGCUGAUGGCCUGGCAUUCAUGGCCAGACUCUUUGAGGGCACGGUCCUGGACUAUGGUGCCCGAAAAAGACCAAAAGACCAGACUUCAAAUCUCACAGAGUGCAGAAACAUAUGAAAAAAUCUUGGACAAUUUUUUUUGAUAGUGUAGGGAAUAAACACCAGGACAUGUACAGUAGUCAACAUUUGAAGUGGAUCAAAAAAGUUCAAAGUUGUCCUAAGAAGGAGGUUUUAGGACAACUUUGAUGAAAGGUUUUGAUCCACUUCUAAUGUUGACUACUGUAUACGUAUAAAUGAAACAGCCUUUUAAAAUGUAUUUUUGAUUUAACUCCACUGUUAUGAGCUAAUUUGCUUUCAUUUUAAAUCACCUUUCACGUUUAUAAACUGUUUACAAUACUUUCUGUAUGUUGCAUUUCUGUUGUACAUUUAUUGUAAUAAUCCUAGUAAAUCUGGAGUUGUUUUGCAUACAUAAAACCUUUGUAUUCUCAUCUAAAUAUAUUUGCACAAAGAGUAA